AUGGGGCAGUCAUGCGUAGAGGUGCGCGGUGAUGUCGAACGGAGCUUCUCCCAACCAAACCCGCGCUCCUCGUCCUCCUUCUCCGACAGAAGUAGCAGCUGCGCUGCUCUCCGCCGCCGCAGCUUCCCUGCUCCCCGCCGCCGCAGCUGCCCUGCUCCCCGCCACCGCAGCCCCCCUGCUCCCCGGCUCUCCCGCCGCAACUGCCUCCUGCUCCGCUGCCGCAGCUGCCGCCCGCCUGCCUCCCCAAGCUCCCCCCUUCCUCAAAAAGAUCUUCGAUUUCCCCAGCUACCGCCGCUCUCUGCUCCGGCUGCGCCGGAAUUGCCAUCGGAGAGCCCGGAGGCGCCGGAUCCAGACCACCACCAACAACCUAAGGCCGACGAGCAGCCAAGUGUCGUCCUCGCCAUCGACGACGAUGGUGCCGUCGACGCCAUGGAGCGAGGGCGAGAUCCUCCAGACGGCCAACGUCAAGAGUUUCGCCUUCACGGAGCUGAUUUUCAGCUGCUUCUGCUGCCCCCGGUAGCGCCAGCACCGUGCGGCUGUACGAGGGCCGCGUCCGGCACUCGCGCCGGCGGCCGGCGGGGCACGCCUUCGAGCGUCUACUGACGAUACCCAAGAGCGUGGGGUACGAACAGAGAACAAGAUGAAUAUUCAGCUACUGCUAUGACGCAGCGGUGCAAGAACAAGAUGAACACGUCAACAUGUGGAUUGCUG